CGCCCCGACGAGCAGCGCGCAGGCGCGCACGAGCCGCACGCCUUGUGCGUAACGGACGGCUGAGUGUGCGUCAAGAGCGGCGCGGCGUGACUGAGCCUGCUCGUCCCGCUGGCGGCCGUGCUACGGUGGGGACGGCGACUGCUCCGGGAGGCCGGCGGGUGCGGACGUGGCAGCCGCGGGGCUGCCGGGCCCGGGUGUAGCCUCGGAAGCAGCUUAUUUCUGAGGUGCAAUGAAAGCCUUCCGUGCUUUUUGUGUUGUCCUUCUGGUGUUUGCGAGCGUCUCUGAAGCCAAGUUUGACGACUUUGAGGACGAGGAUGACAUAGUGGAGUAUGACGAUAACGACUUUGCUGAAUUCGAGGAUGUGCUGGAGGACUCGGUCACCGACUCUCCUCAGCGCGUGGUGACGACCGAGGACGACGAAGACGAGACGACAGUGGAGCUGGAAGGGCAGGAUGAAAACCAAGAAGGAGACUUUGAAGAUGCAGACACUCAGGAGGGAGAUACCGAGAGCGAACCAUAUGAUGAUGAAGAAUUCGAAGGUUACGAAGACAAGCCAGAUACUACUUCUAGCAAAAACAAAGACCCAAUAACAAUUGUUGAUGUUCCUGCGCACCUCCAGAACAGCUGGGAGAGUUAUUACCUGGAGAUUUUGAUGGUGACUGGUCUGCUUGCCUAUAUCAUGAACUACAUCAUUGGAAAGAAUAAAAAUAGUCGCCUGGCUCAGGCCUGGUUUAACACUCACAGAGAGCUUUUGGAGAGCAACUUUACCUUAGUGGGGGACGAUGGGACGAACAAAGAGGCCACCAGCACGGGGAGGCUGACCCAGGAGAAUGAGCACGUGUACAACCUGUGGUGUUCCGGCCGGGUGUGCUGCGAGGGCAUGCUGAUCCAGCUGCGGUUCCUCAAGAGACAAGACUUACUGAACGUCCUGGCCCGGAUGAUGAGGCCCAUGAGUGAUCAAGUGCAAAUAAAAGUAACCAUGAAUGAUGAAGACAUGGAUACCUAUGUGUUUGCUGUUGGCACACGGAAAGCUUUGGUACGACUACAGAAGGAGAUGCAGGAUCUGAGUGAGUUUUGUAGUGAUAAACCUAAGUCUGGAGCCAAGUAUGGACUGCCUGAUUCUUUGGCCAUCUUGUCAGAGAUGGGAGAAGUUACAGAGGGCAUGAUGGACACAAAGAUGGUUCAUUUCCUUACACAUUAUGCUGACAAGAUUGAAUCCGUUCAUUUUUCAGACCAGUUCUCUGGUCCAAAAAUUAUGCAAGAGGAAGGUCAGCCGUUGAAACUUCCUGACACCAAGAGGACACUACUGUUUACAUUUAACGUGCCUGGCUCAGGUAACACUUACCCAAAGGAUAUGGAGGCUUUGCUGCCCCUGAUGAACAUGGUGAUUUAUUCUAUUGACAAAGCCAAAAAGUUCCGACUCAACAGAGAAGGCAAACAAAAAGCCGAUAAGAACCGUGCCCGAGUGGAGGAGAACUUCUUGAAGCUGACUCACGUGCAGAGACAGGAAGCAGCACAGUCUCGGCGGGAAGAGAAGAAGAGAGCUGAGAAGGAGCGAAUCAUGAACGAGGAAGACCCCGAGAAACAGCGCAGGCUAGAGGAAGCCGCCUUGAGGCGUGAGCAAAAGAAACUGGAGAAGAAGCAGAUGAAGAUGAAGCAAAUCAAAGUGAAAGCCAUGUAGAGAUGAGUCCUGUGCCGUGUGGAAGCUCUGGCUUGCUGGGAGACAGAGAUGCCAGUC